AAAUGGGAAUGGAAGAACGAGGCCAAAGAGUCCUCGACAGGUUUGAGGGGCACACUCACUAGCCGUGCCGCUCUACCAUAGUCUGCACAUCUGGCUGCUGGCCAGGGCCAAACCAAUUUGUAGGUUUUUGUGGUUGUUCCCCUGCCACCUCAUUUGUCAGCGGCGGGUCGGUGUUCAGAUACGCAUUUGAUGGGAUCCCCGGAUGAGUGAUGCUGAUGGUGCCAGUAGCAGUGGUGGCACUUCAUGCCGCAGUCCCGAGUGAUAACAACGGUGACCGGAGAAGCUAUUUUCCAACCAUUAGGAGAUCAAGCGGAGAUGGGGCCCAUUCUAAUGAGGUGACUCUCACGCUUGCAUCCCAUAGUAGUUCCCUUGAGCUAAAGUGAAUAUUGUCAAUGACGUUCUGAGAUCAGUUGAAGUCCAUCACUCUCGCCAUGAAGAGCCUAAGCAGUCAAAUGUGUCCCACAAAGACCUUCGUGAGUGGCUUGCACCUUAUCCAAAACGUACUAUUUCUACUCUGGCUAGCACCCGAGCUCUCAGGUUCUAAAGUUAAGAUAUUAGCCGAACCAGGCUUCAUCGGUAACCUCAAAAAUGUGACAGUUCCCGAAGGUCGAGAUGUCAUGUUGACCUGUACUGUGAAGAAUUUAGAAAGUCACAAGGUGGCUUGGAUCCAUUACGAUCGUUCAGCAAUUCUAACUGUUCAAAAUCAUGUCAUUACACGUAAUCCACGCAUUGCUGUGUCCCAAGAGGGACAUCAAACCUGGAACCUUAUCAUCAAGAACGUGCAAACGGCGGACCAGGGAGCCUACAUGUGUCAAAUUAAUACUGCUAAAGCCAAGACUCGGCUGGGUUUUCUCAACGUUGUAGUUCCACCUCGGAUUGAGGAUAGUUUGAGUAGUGGCGACAAGGUGAGAACUGAAGGUAGCAACGUCACUUUAGAGUGCACAGCCCGAGGAAGUCCACCUCCCAAAGUCACAUGGAAACGGGAGAAUGGCCUCAAUAUCAAUACCGACAAGUCUCAGAACAUUUCAGUUCCUCAUGUGGAAGGCGAAAUGUUGCGGUUGUACAAAGUCUCAAGGCUCGAUAUGGGCGCUUAUAUGUGUAUAGCCUCAAAUGGUGUUCCACCAGCUGUUAGCAAACGCAUUCAUCUUGGUAUCGAUUUUCCCCCUAUGAUGUGGAUCCCAGCCCAACAGACGAGCGCCAUCAGUGGGAAUUCCAUUACUUUGACUUGUUUCGUUGAAGCUCAUCCUGAAGCACUCACGUUUUGGGAACACGACGGGCGUAUGAUUCAAUCGGGACGUCGGGUUUACAUGACCAAUAAGCCUGGCACACCAAAGUACAAGGUAAGCAUUGGUGGAAAUCUUCUUUGGGGAAAGAGUUUUUUAUGGUGGGGUUGGUCUUGGGUUCAGGUCGAAAUGAAGUUGACCAUAACUACUCUGGAAAGAGGGGAUUUUGGGAACUAUAAAUGCAUCGCCAAGAAUCCGCGUGGUCAAACGGAUGGAUCCAUCACACUCACGGAGGAAAUCCCACCCACAACCACCACCCUUGAGCCUUCAACCACGGCCUUUGUUCCAACGACCACAGCGACUACCACUCAUAAUCCAAGAAAACGCAAGAAGCAUGGUAAAAAGAGAAAACACAAAGAGUUUUUCAACGGACUUACAAACAACGAGCAGGAUGAUUUUUCGUCAAACGAUGACCCUACCAAUACAAAAUAUCAUAACGAAGAACAAUAUCAACCGCAUUCCACAAAUGGCUACGAAUCCAACUCAUGGUUUAACGCACGUUCCUCCUCCUCCUCCUCCUUCCCAAGAAACCAAUUAGUUCUAGGAUAUAUCUACCCGUUACCCAUACUCAUUCCCACCCUUCCAGUUCUUAUGGGCUUUUUUCAAAUCUCGUGGUUUAAAUAAACGUGAAUAAAGCCAUUUUCAAACAGUCUAUUCCAAAUUCUUGGUUACGAGCAAAUGUUCAGUAUCCGCUUCUUCGCAUGUGGUGAACCAUUGGUCAUAUUUGGUGCACACAUCCACUUUCGUGAGCUCCAAACAUUUGG